UGGUUCGUCCAACCGCGAAUAGCCAAAUCCUACGGUUUCGCUUACUUCGAGCGGCUCUGACAAGUUGUCAAAAGUUUGAAGUAAAGAUAGGCAAGAGACUUUAUUGUAAAAGGUAGUUGAUUGAAUUUGGGAGGCUCAUCUGAUUUCGAUACGUUCUCGGUACUAUACCAUCUUGUCGAUUUUGAGGGGAUACUUGAGAUAUUGGGGCAAAUCGUUCGAUUACGGAAUGACAUAAGCAGAUAUUUGAUAAUAUGCACAGCGUCCUAUUGGGAAAUAUGAAGGAGCCAAAUGCAGGCUUGAGUCAUGAUCAACAAUCACAACCAAUUAAUGAUACCGAAGGUGAACAAUUGAGACCAAACUCUACAAACGAGAAACCAGUGGUUCUAGGGCCCGGUGAGCAUCAUAUAAGUUCAAUACCGUCAAUCACUGUGAAGUCAAGAGGCCACUUCCCGUUUAGUAACAUGCAUUCCAAUCAAAAUAAUACGAAUGAUAUACACACAUCGUUACAUCACCAUGAUGGAAGUGCUGCAACAGAAACAGAAACUGCCGAUGCGCCAGAGCUAGAGGUAGAUUCCCAGACCGGUUCACAGGUGAGCAGCCAGAUUCCAAUAUGCACGACAUAUUCAUUGAUUUGUGAUUAGUCUGCAAAUAAUAGCGAUGCAGAUUCUACUAUGGGUGAAUCGUUUAUGUGAGUAGAGCUGCCUAUUAACAAUGAAAUGACCUACAUGAAAAGUUGAUACUUGAUACAGAAGUUCUACUGCCUCUCUUCAAGAAAGUAUAUAUAAGUAUGUCGAGGAAAACGGUCGGACGUAUCAUGCUUAUAAAUCGGGGAGUGAGUCUGAAAAGUGUCUGCAACGAUUCAGCUUUCCGGCGGCUGACAUGUGUUUAGAGUAUGUUCUCCCCAACGACGAUGCGGAGCAAGAAAGAUUGGGUAAGUCCUCAUGGCAUGGCAUACCACAUGGUCGAUGUAGAUGCAUUAAUUAAUGUUUCAGAUUUACAACAUCACCUAUUUUCCUUAUCGUUUGAUGGGGCUUUACAUCUUGCUCCUCUCCCUUCUAAACUCCACAACGUUUUAGAUAUCGGAACUGGAACCGGUUUAUGGGCAACAGAGUUUGGUAAGCCUACUCCGUCGUUAUCAUCUGCUAUUUUGUGGAAGACGGAACUCCCUGACUGAAUGUGUCAUUUCUAGCGGAACAAUAUCCUUCAGCUCAAAUUAUCGGCACAGACCUCAGUCCCAUUCAGCCAAUCUAGUAAUGAGCCACCUCAAUUCACCACUAUACAUCCAAUACUAACAAACGUUCCCAGCGUACCUCCAAACUGUAGGUUCGAAGUAAAUGACGCUGAAGAACCCUGGACAUACUCUCACAAAUUCGACUACAUCCACGGUCGAGCCAUGUUAAGCUGCUUUAGCGAUCCCGCCCGCUUAAUAAUCUCCGCCUACAAAUUUCUUUGUCCAGGCGGCUACCUGGAAAUGCAAGAUCCACAAAUGCCUAUCCUCGGCAUUGAUUCCUCCAUAACCGGUACCGCCCUUGAAGAAUGGGGCCGAGUAUCAUGUCUCGCGGCCGAGCGUCGCGGUCGUAAACUAACCAAUUCAAAACACUAUGGCCGAUGGAUGGCCGAAGCGGGAUUCGUAGAUAUUGUUGAGAAACAUUUUUAUUGGCCUUGUAAUACGUGGGUUAAGGGGGAAAAGGAGAAACUGCUGGCAAUGUGGACGCAGCAGAAUGUGUUGGAUGGUAUUCAGGGAAUUACGAUGCGAAAUUUGACGGCAGGGUUGGGCUGGAGUCCCGAACAGGUAGAGCUCUUUCUGGUGGAUGUUAGGAGAGAUUUGAAAAAUAGGAGAAUUCAUUCUUAUAUUGAUGUGUAAGUUCUCUCUUUUCUUUUGGCUUGGAUGUUAGUCUCGUACUGGAGGCGAAUAUGAAAGGGCUAACGUGUUUCUAGAGUUGUCUUUUAUGGAAGGAAACCAGGCCCGGGGGAUCUUGCAAUUGAAAGCGGUGUUGUAUGAGUGUUUGAUAGUUGCGAUGGGCGUUUAAAGAUAUUUUCAACUUACAUAUUCUCACAACUUACCAUGGCCAUUUAUCAUUUGUUAGGUGCCGGAGCGGGUGAGAAUGCUGGUGGAGCUUGUACAAAUUUACUCAUCCUAUGCUAGGCGAGCGCCAGAUACAGACGAAAUAAUAAAGUAGCGUACUUGAAAAAGUAGAUUAGAGAUAUGAAAUGUGUAUGCGACUAGAAAGAUAUCAGGUGUAUACCUGGAUUGAUUUGCGCCAGUCAUGCCAUGCAUCCCAGCUAGACAAAAAAUACAAAAUUACC